UUGUGGCGCGCCUUUCAUCUUUCCCCUUCUCUCUCUCUCUCUCUCUCUCUCUCUCUCUCUAUCCAUUUCUGACAAUUAGAACUUCGGGGGGUAAAUGGCGUGGAGGCUUCCAGCACAGCUCGCGACCACCCCUGCUGGCCUCGCCAACCAUCGCCCUCUCUCCUUUCGCCACACUCUAUCGCCCAGUCGUCUCGUUUCUUCCGUUUCUGGGAAUGAUGAUCGUGCGUACGUUGAAUUAUGGCGCCGCAGAUGUCAUGUGCAACCACUGGUAAAAUGCACCGCUCAGGCGGCGCCGGCGACAGCGGUGAAUUUGGCGCCGGGGACGCCGGUGAGGCCGACGAGCAUACUAGUGGUGGGGGCGACGGGGACACUGGGAAGGCAGAUAGUGAGGAGGGCACUGGACGAGGGCUACGACGUCCGGUGCCUCGUCCGCCCUCGCCCGGCCCCCGCCGACUUCCUCCGUGAUUGGGGCGCCACCGUCGUCAAUGCAGACCUGAGCAAACCUGAAACCAUUCCUGCCACAUUGGUUGGAAUCCACACGGUCAUUGACUGUGCUACAGGGCGACCUGAAGAGCCCAUUAAAACUGUAGACUGGGAAGGAAAAGUUGCUCUAAUACAAUGUGCAAAAGCAAUGGGAAUUCAAAAGUUUGUGUUCUUCUCGAUCCACAACUGUGACAAGCACCCUGAAGUUCCAUUGAUGGAGAUCAAGAAUUGCACUGAGCAGUUUCUGCAGGACUCAGGCAUAAACCACAUUACCAUCCGGCUAUGUGGUUUCAUGCAGGGUCUAAUUGGGCAGUAUGCAGUUCCUAUCCUAGAAGAGAAAUCUGUCUGGGGAACUGAUGCUCCUACACGAAUAGCUUACAUGGACACUCAGGAUAUAGCUCGAUUAACAUUUAUAGCUUUGCGAAAUGAAAAAAUUAAUGGGAAGCUUCUCACAUUUGCUGGCCCUCGGGCAUGGACAACCCAAGAGGUGAUAACAUUGUGCGAAAGGCUAGCUGGGCAAGAUGCUAAUGUGACUACGGUCCCUGUCUCAGUUUUGAGAUUAACUCGGCAAGUGACUCGAUGGUUUGAGUGGACAAAUGAUGUUGCGGACAGAUUAGCAUUUUCGGAGGUCCUUACAAGCGACAUUGUUUUCUCAAUUCCGAUGACUGAGACAUACGACCUUCUCGGUGUAGAUCCAAAAGACAUCGUUACCCUAGAGAAAUACUUGCAGGAUUACUUCACAAACAUACUGAAGAAGCUCAAGGACCUCAAAGCGCAAUCAAAGCAGACCGACAUUUACUUCUGAAAGAGUACGGUCUCUAUAUUUUUGUACAUUGAAGUGUAUGUAUAAACAUGUUUGAUAUGCUUCAGAUCAAUGCGGAGGAGAGGAGGCAGACUUGGACUGGCGCCCAUUCUUUUAUAAAUUUGUUUGCUUGAGA